AUGAAAACUUUCCUCAAAUCUGCUGGUUUUGUUCAAAGCUUAGCUGAUCCCUCACUCUUCAUAUUCCGUCAUAACAACCAUACAAUCUACUUUCUGCUAUAUGUGGACGACAUAGUGAUUACGGGCAGCGACAAUAACCUUCUGGAAAGAUUCAUUCAUGUACUUGGUCGUGAAUUUGACAUCAAAGACUUGGGUCCUUUGAAUUAUUUUCUUGGCUUACAAGUAAGUUAUCAAAAUGAUGGACUACAUAUUGGUCAGCUUAAGUAUGCUCAUGAUCUUCUAGUCAAGCACGAUAUGCUGCUUUCUAAACCAGUAAGUACUCCCAUGUCAGCAAAAACUACUCUCAGUUCUGAUGAUGGCGACAUACUUGCCAAUCCCACUGCCUUUAGGGAAAUUGUUGGUUCUCUUCAAUACUUGACGAUAACUCGUCCUGAUAUUGCCUAUGCAGUUAACUCAAUUUCCCAGUUCAUGAGUCAUCCGCGCACUUCUCAUUUACUAGCUGCGAAGCGCAUACUUCGAUACAUCAAGGGUACUCUUAAUCAAGGCCUGUUCAUUCGUCCCCAGUGUCAACCACUGCAUAUCAGUGCUUAUUCUGACGCAGAUUGGGCAGGCUGUCCAGAAACUCGCAGAUCAACAUCUGAUUAUCUUUGUUAUAUCGGCACUAAUCUGAUCUCUUGGUGCUCCAAAAAGCAACCUACAAUUGCUCGCUCAAGUGCUGAAUCUGAAUACAGAGCCCUUUCACAUGCUAGUGUAGAAACCACUUGGUUGGCUUUCUUACUACACGAACUUGGAACUAAGGUGCAGUUUCCUAUCCUUCUUCACUGUGAUAACUUAAGUGCAACAUACAUGGCCUCUAACCCAGUUUUUCAUGCCCGGACCAAACAUAUUGAAUUAGAUUACCAUUUUGUUCGCGAAAAAGUUGCUGCUGGUAGUCAUCGUGUGUGUUACAUUCCAUCUGUUGAUCAACCAGCUGACCACCUUACCAAGCCUCUUCAUAAACACCGACAUUCUCUUCUCACUCACAAACUUUUCCAUCAAAGAUCGUCCAGUUUGCGGGGGGAUGUUAAAGCAAUCCCACAAAAUCAGCAUAUCACUUAA